AGAAACACGACUCGCUAAUCAACGAGUUCAAAGGAAAACGCAAUAUACGUCGCCGGAACCCUAAACCGCCGGCUGUUAGGUUGAAACGCGCCGCCAAUGCUGGUUGAGUUCUUGUAACCGGAAUUUAGAGCUGAGAUUAACAAGUCAGAUAUGGGAGGCUCUAGGCUUCAGCAAAACAAGUCGCACAAGACUCGGUUCGCUUCAAAAUCUUCCCGCAAUGUUCACAAAAUUUCUUCUGAAGAUAAAACCAAGGGGGCAAAACCUGAACGCAAUUUUGCUAAAGGAGCGAAGGCUUCUCGGAUGCAGCGUAAUGAAAUGAUUAGGAAAGAGAAGAGAGCGGCUAUUAUGAAAGAGAAGAGGGCAUUAUCAGGACCGUCGAGUCCUCCACGCGUUAUUGUUCUUUUCGGCCUUUCAGCUGGUGUAAACUUGAACUCUCUUGAAAAAGAUAUUCAAUCCUUGUUGUUUGAAGAAGGAAACAGUACAAUUUUUCCAGCUAUUGCAUCACCAGAGUACAAGAUGAGAGCUACGGUCUUAAAAGCACCUCAUGGUGAUUUGUUGACGUGCAUGGAAAUGGCAAAGGUUGCCGAUUUGCUUGCUUUCGUGGCAUCUCCGAAUUCCUUGAAUGAAGCAGAUGAUACUGAUAAUUUGAUUGAUUCAUUUGGAUCACAAUGUCUUUCUGUAUUUAGAGCAAUUGGGCUACCGAGCACCACGGUGCUGCUUCGUGAUCUACCUGACGACUUGAAAAGAAAACAUGAAGUGAAGAAGCUGUACAUGUCUACACUUGCUUCUGAAUUUCCAGAGGAUUGUAAGUUUUAUCCUGCUGAUAAAAAGGAUGAAUUGCAUAAGUUCAUGUGGCUUUUCAAGGAGCAAAGGCUAAAAGCACCUCAUUGGAGAAACCAAAGAUCUUAUCUCAUGUCUCAAAAGGUUGAUAUGCUUGCUGACACUGGCAGUUCAGAAAAAUGCACACUUGUCCUUACUGGUUAUCUACGCGCACUAGGUCUCUCAGUAAAUCAACUGGUACAUGUUUCUGGAGCUGGGGAUUUCCAGCUGUCCAAAAUUGAACUUCUGAAGGAUCCAUGUCCUCUGAAUGCAAGAAAAGGAGUGGAGUUCAUGGAAUCCGACAGCGACAUACAGGUUGCGACGUGCCUUACCCCUGAUCCAAUGAAGCAAGAGCCCUUAGUUGUUGAAAAUGUCCCUGAUAUAUUGGCUGGAGAACAGACAUGGCCAACAGAGGCAGAAAUGGCUGAAGCCGAGCGAAGUCAAAAGGAGAAAAAGACGAGAAAAAGGAGGCUUCCCAAGGGCAUAUCAGACUACCAGGCUGCAUGGAUCGUGGAUGAUUCCGAUGUUGAUUAUUCUGACAGUGAUGAAGAAGUUGGAGAGGAUGGUAUGGUACUGGAUGAUGGAGAGAGAGGCCAUCCCGACCAGAAGCUUGAGAAUGGCUCCGAGUUUGACGAUGACCAGGCUUCUUUAGAUUUAAGAGACUCUGAUGAAGAAACUGAAACUGAUUCUGUAAUGAUGGAUGGGGAAAACUUAACCAAAGAGCAGAUAGCGGAGGAGAUUCGAAAAAUCAAAGAAGAACAUGCUGAAGAUGACGAAUAUCCCGAUGAAGUGGAUACUCCAAUAGAUGUUCCAGCUCGAAAACGAUUUGCUAAGUAUAGAGGUGUGAAGUCUUUCAGAACUUCAGUGUGGGACCCAAAAGAAUCUCUGCCACCUGAAUAUGCUAGGAUCUUUGCGUUUGAUAAUUUUUUAAGCACUCAAAAGCGUAUUCUUAAAAAAGCUCUAGAUAUUGACCAAGAUGUAAGUAGCUAUGUGCCAGCUGGCUCAUAUGUAAGGCUUUAUAUCAGUGACAUGCCAGCUGGCGCUGCCUCUAAGUUAUGCGAUUUGGCUAAGAAAAUUCCAGUGGUAGCGUCUGCACUUUUGCCGCAUGAGUCUAAAGUCUCUGUCCUCCAUUUCAGCAUUAAAAAGCAUGACUCAUAUGAUGCUCCUAUUAAAGCCAAAGAAGAACUCCUAUUUCAUGUGGGAUUCCGCCAGUUUGUAUCAAGGCCAAUCUUUUCUUCAGAUAGUAUCAAUGCUAACAAACACAAAAUGGAGAGGUUUCUUCACGCUGGACGUUUUUCAGUUGCCUCGAUUUAUGCUCCGAUUUCUUUUGAUUCUGCUCCUCUAAUUGCCUUGAAGAGCCAAGGAGAAGACACAUCCCCUGCUAUUGCUGCUGUAGGUUCAUUGAGAAAUGUUGACCCUGAUAGAAUUAUCCUCAAGAAAAUUAUUUUAACCGGUUAUCCACAACGCGUGUCUAAAAAGAAAGCAACUGUGAGAUACAUGUUCCACAACCCUGAAGAUGUGAAAUGGUUCAAGCCUGUUGAAGUUUCUUCAAAAUGUGGCCGUCGUGGUCGCAUCAAGGAACCUGUAGGCACACACGGGGCAAUGAAAUGCAUAUUCAAUGGCAUCCUACAGCAGCACGACACUGUAUGUAUGAACUUGUUCAAGCGCACGUAUCCGAAGUGGCCUCAGAAAUGGUUUCCCCUACAGAAUGAUGCCUAAAUUUAUCGAGCACACAAAAGGCAGUGUUCACCCUCAAAAGGGAAUGAAGCUCUGGUUCAGAUUAAAUUUCUUAGAUUUUGCUGCUGAGCUGGCGAAAUUAGCUCGACUGUUUUCCUUAUUAAAGGUAAACACAAAUUUUGGUUGUGUAUUUUCCGUCUGCAUGUGAAUCGUAAAAUUCGACAUGAUGAAAUGCUAUCGACAUUAUAGUUACGUGUGCUUAUUCAAAUUAGAAAAAAAGAAAAGAAAUGGUCUUAUUAUCCCACCAAAAUUUUAUUUU